ACACACACCACAAUCCAAUGUUCCAAUGUUUAUUGUUCAAACUAGACAAACUAGAUUUGGUUUAUCCGUUCCAUUUGCAAACAAUAACAUCAUCACCACAUGACACAAUAUUACAUCCUUGGAUAUGCCUAGCAUGGCUUCCCCUCUUCUGCUUCCACUUUAUUCUACUUGUGGUAAAAUUCCUUCUCUUACUGCUUCUCAAAGCAUUUCUGUUGAGAAACUUAGAAGAUUUGCUCUUAAAGUCAAGUCCACAGAGACAAGGGAAUGCACUGCUAAUGAUAUUUUUAAUACCAAUUCACGUAGAGACUUUCUUGGAUUAGCAUUAGGAGUCUCUACACUCUUCAUCCAUUCAUUUGAUGCUGCCAAUGGAGCUGGUUUACCACCAGAAGAAAAACCAAAAUUAUGUGAUGGAACUUGUGAGAAAGAGCUUGAAAAUGUACCUAUGGUAACUACUGAAUCAGGUUUGCAAUACAAGGAUAUUAAAGUUGGGCAGGGCCCUAGUCCACCAGUUGGAUUUCAGGUUGCUGCCAAUUAUGUUGCAAUGGUUCCAUCUGGACAAAUAUUUGAUAGUUCAUUGGAGAAAGGCCAGCUUUACAUUUUUCGUGUUGGAUCUGGUCAGGUGAUAAAAGGACUUGAUGAAGGUCUUUUGAGCAUGAAAGUAGGAGGGAAACGUCGGCUGUACAUACCUGGAUCGUUGGCAUUCCCAAAAGGCCUUAAUUCUGCACCAGGAAGACCAAGGGUGGCUCCAAACAGUCCAGUAGUAUUUGAUGUAAGUUUGGAAUAUGUACCGGGACUUGACGUGGAUGAGGAAUAAACUUAGGUUGUUCAUUCCACCUUGACUGAACGCAGUCAACCCAAUUCAAUCUAUCACCAUCACUAUCUUAUACAAUUGUUGAUUCUUUUGAGGAAUACGCUUACAACUUAUAGCUAUGUAGAGUAAUAUUGUUUGAAGUUUAUGAUGUCAAGUAUAUUGAAGCUGAAUCUUCAUUGCGUAUAAUUUUCAUACCUAAAAUGGUAUUAAACCUGCCAUCGAUAGUAUAUCA